UUACAGAGCUCUUGGCUUGUUUCCGACAAGAAUACUGUAAGACGAUAUUGCACUAAAGACUGGAUUCGGUAUUGGAUGCUUUGGUGGUCCAUUUGCCCCCAUCACUUUCACUGGUCGUGACCACUGGAUUUUCAAAAUGCUGAGUGAUUACUCCGAUUUGCACAACAUGGCCAAUGCUUAUACAGUAAACACCACCGCUGCCAUGCUUGGUCUAGUCAACAGCACCACAGCCCCAUUCUUCGAAGUCGAAGACGACAUCGGAGGGAGCCCUCUCUUCGUCAUGCGGGUCUUUAUGAUGAUCAUGAUCGCAGUUGGGGUUCUCGGCAAUGGCUGCGUCAUCUUCAUCGUCCUGUGGAACCCUUCCAUGCGCAACCGGCCCAACGCCCUCGUCGCCAGCCUUGCCAUCGGCGAUCUGCUACUCCUGAUCAUCUGCGUACCUCUCAAGGUCUACCAUAUGACCUAUGGACAGUGGCCCUUCGGUCUCCUGGUCUGUAAACUCUCCAAUGGCUUCGUCAUCAUCUCUCAGGCAGUGUCAAUUUUCUCCAUGGUGGCGCUGAGCCAUGACAGGUACCGGGCGAUUGUCACACCCAUGAACUACCCUCGCAAUCGUGGAUCAGGCUACACCAUCGCUGUCAUAUCCGUCAUCUGGGUUGUGGCUAUACUCCUAGCCUGCCCGACAAUCGUCCUGUCCCACAUCAGAGGCUCUGACUUGUUCUCAUUCUGCUUGUACAUCCACCACACGACCUUGGCAGGGAGGCUCCACGCAUGCUUGAGAGGCUUGAUCCUCUUCGUCAUUCCUUUACUGGUCAUUAAUGGCUACUACUGCCUGGUGUCGCGGAAGCUGAUCAUCAGCACUAAGGCCCUCCCCGGUGAAGUCCACGAUAAGAGGUCUCAGAUAAGCGCCAGGAAGCGCUUAGCAUAUGUGGUCCUGGCCAUCGUGAUCCUCUUCACAGUGUGCUGGCUUCCGUUCACCGUCAUCGAGGUGAUGUACCAGAUCAACGACCAGAUCUUCGCCGAGUCCGUCGGCCUGACCUACCUGAAGCUCUUCUCGGACUUCCUGACCUACGUCAACUCCAGCGCCAACCCAAUUCUGAUCAUCGUCAUCAGCUCAACCUACAGAGAGUACUUCUGCUCUUACAUCUUCUGUCGGUGUUCUGGGGAUUUACAAUAUAAGAGAGCGCGCACAUCAACGAUAUCGUCGAAAGCUUCAUCUACGCGAACGAGAAUGACUGAGUUUGCCUGACGAUUAUUCAUUUUUAUCUUUCACACAGAGACGUAAAACACCUCGUUUAUUUUCAGAGAAGAACAGAGACUUUUGAUCUGAUUGAGAUGGAUGUAAACUACGGAUACAGCAAUCGUAUGUCUGUAAUAAUACGUUUUGCAUGCAAAUUUCAGUUAUCGCUCUUUCUGUUAUUAUGCGAUUCGGUCAGUCACUUUGUUCAACUUUCUUGGUUGUUCCGCGCUACAGAGUUGUGAUUUACAUCCAGUACAGAGAGUCAACUAUUCAAUGCACCAGACCAUCGGCUUCUGAUCUGGAGCUAUAGUUUUCACGGACAGAAGGUUGUCUUCAAAGCCCCUUGUUAAGACUGGAAUGUCUUGGACUUCUCAAUAUUGGGCAAGGCAAAUUGUUCCAGGUGAUGGCGAAGUUGCAAAGUUGAUAAAAAACAUUCCACAUGGGUAGGGUUUAAAGACAAGACUCAGAUGCCGGUUCAUACUUUCUUUCGAAGCCACAUCUCUGUUUUCGCAGGAGUUGAGCACAACUCAACUGUUGGGAGUUAUCCGUUGCGAAGUUGUGAUGUCAAAAUUCGUAUCGCAUUCACAUUCGAAACUAAUUGCAUCUAUUGGGUCUUUGACAACUUUGAUUUCUAUGUGUGCAUAGAGGUGAAGCCCAGUUCAUACUUCCUGCGGAUGCAAAUGCGAUACAAAUUUUGACAUCACAAAUUCGCAACGAAUAAUUCGCAGCAGUUUAAAUUUGCUCAACUCAAUGGAACAAUCGCUGCAAAAACAAGUCUGUGAAAUCAAAAUUUGUAUCGCAUUCGCAGGAUGUAUUAUAAGGAACCUGGCUAAAUUUAGUGUCCCUAGGAAGCAGUGAGGUAAAGCUGAAGAAUUCUUUGUUUAAAAUGGAUAGGAUUUUGGGUGAAUAUAUCUCUGGGGAAAAACAGUAGUUUACAUUGUGUAUAGAUUAUUGUUUUGAAACUUCUACUGCAAAAUACUUUUUAAAUAUACUUUCUGCAUAGUUGGACUGUUUUUUUACAGAGAAUUCGCGCUUUGGAGACUUCCUUACCAAACACAGCUUAUCAACAAAAAAAUUGGUAAGCAAUUUUGUGUGUAGCAGAUAUUUUGCUUGCCAAUAUGUUUUACCUGCUAAUUGCAUUUCUGUUAAACUGGUCACUUGUUGUGGUUAAUGUUGAGAUUCGUUAGACAGUGGAGAUACGUGUAAAUGUAUAUGCCAGAGGCUGCACUAACCACUUACAAAUUAACCAUGUGGCAUGUGACAACGCAAAUUGACACAAUUGACACAGAACACUGACUUCUUUCAGGCACAUUUUGUUCACAACUCACAAGAAGAAAGCAUACAUUUUUACAAGUUGUAUUUACUUUUAUUGUACAUAAAUAUCAGUAACUUGUUCAGUUGUUAUUUUUUUUAACAAUUCUUUAUUUUUGAUCUGGGUCCAAUUUAAUAGAGCU